UUUCUGGUGGAAAGUUGGAGGAUGAUAUAUUUUUCUUGAGAUGACAUCAUUGUUUUAUUUAUAAUUUUAACGCGGUUUACUGUGUAAUAAUGGGGAUGUAUUAUUUAAUCAAUAUUCUGCUUCUUUUCAUGUGUUUCGAAGUGUCGUAUGAACGGCGACUUCCAGUUCGAGCUCCAGAUUUAAAGCUCCUCCUCGACUCAGGAAUAAAUGUCUCUUUUCCAGAUGAACACCGACAGUUGGACUUUGCGGAUUACCCUCAAGCUGAUGGCUUAGCCAGCCAGCCCCGUCCCGCUGAUGAUCCGCUCCCUCUCCCUCUCCUUCAAUCUCUCUCAUACCUUAAUAUCGACCUAGAACGAUCCCACCAUGAGCUUUACGAAGCGCUAUGGAGGAAUGCAGACGUUCCCAUGGAUACCACAUCUGCUACUAAAAUAGAUGUCCUCGGAUAUCUCCUCAAGAAACAAGUGGAAAAACUUCGGCGGGUGAGCAAUGGCCAGGUUGAGUUGGUGUUUCUUGUCGAUAGCUCUGCCAGUGUCGGGAUAGAGAAUUUCUUCAAUGAGCUGAAAUUUGUGAAGAAACUUUUGGCGGACUUCACAGUGGCUCCUGAUGCGACCCGAGUAGCUAUCAUCACCUUCUCCUCCAAACAUCGAGUUGAAUUGAAUGUUAAUCAGCUUGAUAACAGCAUCCCUGGAAAACAUCAUCAUAAGUGUGCUCUAUUGAAUGAAGAUCUUCCUAUGAUUACCUACGUUGGUGGAGGAACAUACACUAAAGGAGCCUUCGAGCUUGCCAAGAAAGUGCUGCAGGGGGCUCGUGGCAACUCCACUCAAGCCGUGUUCCUACUCACUGACGGUCUUUCUAAUGGGCCAAAUCCUGUACCCGUAGCAGCUAGUCUCAAGGAAGAUGGUGUGGAGGUGUUCACAUUUGGAAUCAGGGAUGGUUAUAUCCCAGAACUGCUUGAAAUGGCAUCUGAAAAGAAAGACGAGCACUGUUUUAUUCUUGACAGCUUUGCAGAGUUUGAAGCUUUAGCACGACGGGCACUUCAUGAAGAUCUUCGCAUGGGAGAGUUUAUCGAAGAGACGCCAGAGAAAUGUUCAUCACGGUGUUUAGAUGAGAGCCAUUGCUGUGAUGUGAUGGCAUCAUGUAGGUGUGGAACCCAUACUGGAUCCUAUGACUGUGUCUGCCCGGCUGGUUUUUAUGGUAGUGGGCUUCGUGGAAAAUGCAGUCCUUGUCCGAUCGGAAGCUACAAACGUGAAGCAUUACCUGGAGGAAUUAGCACAUGUUUACCAUGUCCUGAUCAAAACCAUGUGAGCCCUCUCAACAAUACUAGUCCUAACAUGUGUGUAUGUAAAGAUGGAUACAGAUGGGAUAUUGCUACACAGAGAUGUAAAGUUAUCCAUUGCCCUCUUCUGCAAAGGCCUGAGAAUGGAGAGUUUGUUGAAUGUAGCAACGUAGUGAAUGGAGCCUGUGCGAUACGGUGUAACCGUGGAUAUGAAGUGACUGGAAGCAGUAUCCGACUCUGCUUCUCAAAUGGGUCCUGGUCUGGAGAAGAUUUUAAUUGUCGAGUAAAGACUUGUGAGGUGUUGACUGCUCCUAUGAAUGGAUCUCUUCAGUGUACCUCUGAUGAUCAUGCCUUUGGUACAGUGUGUGCUGCUAUAUGUGAUACUGGUUUCAAGCUCAUAGGAUCACAGUCAAGACGUUGUCUACCUAUCGCACAUUGGGAUGGACUACCAGUACACUGUAGAGCCAUCCAGUGCCCGAUGCUACCCACCAUACCCCAUGGGUAUAUGACCCCAUCACACUGCAGCACACAAAGACAAGACUACGGGAAUGUUUGUAAGAUUGAAUGUAGUCAAGGUUUCUACAGAAGAGGACCAAUGAAGAAAGAAUGUAUGGCUAAUGGAAGAUGGAACAACAAGUUUGAUCCUAGUCGGGCCUGUAUUGAUUACAUGGCGCCCUCCUUGGAAUGUCCAUCAGAUAUCACCACAGUGACUUCCCCUCACAUGGACCGAGUAGUCCUAGAGUGGGAAGUACCCAGACCAAUAGAUAACUCAGGAGAGAUGCCACUCCUACAUGCUCUUCCUAAUGUGUACCCACCCUGGACGUUUCCUCUUGGUCACUGGAACAUCACCUACAGCGCUACUGACCAGUCUGGAAACAUCGCUCAGUGUGUCUUCAGUGUAAUUGUUGAAGAUCGUGAACCACCAUCAAUCAGGCGAUGUCGUUCACCUACAACUUUCAUUACAUCAAAGCAAGAACAUGAAGUAACUUGGGAAGAACCGCUCUUCUCAGACAACUCUGGAGGUGAUGUCACAGUAACAAGGUCACAUGACCCAGGAAGCCCAUUCCCAUUGGGCACUACACUUGUGGAGUAUCUAGCAACUGAUGCAGCUGGAAACACACGUUCAUGUGUAAUCUAUGUGGAUGUUCAGCAAAACCUGUGUGAAAAGCCACGUGACCCUGUAGGAGGAUCAGCAAUAUGUUUCCAUACCACUCAGGGAAUGAACUGCUCAGUAACCUGUGGACCAGGUUAUGCUAUGUCUACACAGCCCAGGAAUCAAUACUUCUGUGCCCUCAAUGGUACAUGGUAUCCUGAUGGCAAAGUACCCUGGGAUGACUGUUCAGAAACCCAUCAUGCUAACAAUGUUCUACAACCUAUGACCUUUCUAUACGAGACAUCCAAAUGCGAUUCUGUUUUUGCUCGGAACAUCGAGAAGAUACUGGCAACCAACCUGGAAGAACCGAUUCGGGACUACUGUGGAGACAAUGUGAGAUGUGAGUUAGCCAGUGUCAGGGCCGACUGUGAAGACAGGGAUCCUAUUCGAUUCCUUCAUGGUGCAUCAUCGAGCCUGCAGCAAUCAGGUUCUGGAUCUGAUUCCCGUCUUGCGCUGCAGGGUGGUGGUGAGGUCAGUUUGACUGCUCAAAGGCUUCAAAUAUUACAGUCUCCGAAUCUAUUUGUCAACAUUGUUGUAAAUGCAUCUGCAAGUCCAAACGAGACAGCUGCGUUAACCGGUCCAACGGAGCAAACCUAUCAGAUGGUGGUGCAGGUUGCUGCUUCUGUUCCAGGUCAAAUACAAUCUAAUCUUGCCAACGGGACUAUUGUGAGCAGUACCAACCGUACUCUAGAUAGAUCAUUUCAGAUUGAUAGGAUAACUGUCUACCGGGAGGAUAUCCAGCCAGAGUGUUCGGUUGGUUCGGUGAGACGAGGUGAAGGGGAAGAUGCUAAAUGUGUGCAAUGCAUCCCUGGAACAUACUUUGAUAUGAUGACAUCAUCGUGUGAGUACUGUGAGAUUGGUCAGUACCAGAAUCUGAUCGGUCAAUUAUCCUGCAUACAUUGCCCUAAUGGAACUUCUACAGUCAGUACAAAGUCCACAUCACUAGCAGAUUGCAAAGCGUACUGUGAACCUGGGAGUAGAUCAUCAACUGGCUUAGAGCUGUGUGAACUGUGUCCAACGAACACUUACCAACCCAACAGGGGUAGUACCCAGUGUCUUCAAUGCCCUAGAAGACGUUAUACUGCAUCACAUGGUGCUAGGAAACUAUCAGACUGCAGAGCUUACUGUCCUCGUGGUAAAACUUCGGCCAAUGGCUUGACACCAUGCCUGCCCUGUCCAGCUGGUACUUUCAAGAUGAGUCAACGGUCAAGCUAUUGUCUCCUGUGUCCAGAAGAUUACCCACUCUCUAAUCCAGGCUCUAUCACAAUUACAUACUGCAGAAAUUCUGCUAAACAGAGAAGUCCAGCUGGUCGUAUGAUGUCUUUGAGAUCCUUGCCAUUCAGUGUAUGUUUCUCUUCACCCUGUCACAAUGGAGGGACCUGUGAGUCAUCACCCGGUGGUUUCAUAUGCACCUGCCGUCCGGGAUACACUGGAUUACGAUGUGAAGUCGACAUCAAUGAAUGUGAAACAGCAAUAUGUAUGAAUAACGGAUCGUGUCGUGACCUUAUAGAUGGAUAUAUGUGUCAUUGCAGAAGAGGUUUUACUGGUAGACAUUGUUCAGAAGAUGUAGACGAAUGCAAUACAAACCCAUGUUUCAAUGGAGCAACAUGUGUUGAUGGACCACAGUAUUACGAAUGCAUCUGUCCUGAUGGUUAUACAGGGAAAAACUGUGAAGAAGAUAUUGAUGAUUGUGCCCUUGACCCAUGCUACAACCAUGCGACCUGUACUGACUUCAUUGGAGGUUAUAAUUGCACCUGUCAUCUUGGUUACCAUGGUGAUCUAUGUGAGAUGGAGAUUGAUGAGUGUCUUUCUUAUCCAUGUGAUAACAAUGCAACCUGUAAAGACCUCGUCAAUGAAUUCCGAUGCGAGUGCCUAGCUGGAUUCUCCGGUUUACUAUGUGAAAUCAAUGUAGACGAAUGUGCAUCCAGACCUUGUCAGAAUGGAGCGACUUGCAAUGAUCUUAUAGAUGGUAUACAUUGUGUAUGUAUGCCUGGUUAUGCAGGGGUAUUCUGUGAAGAAGAAAUGUCAUGGGAUUACAACAUGGUGUUUUAUAGAGGAGGUAUAGAUGACUAUGUCUUACUGGAGCAUGAUUUCCCAACUCUCACGGCUGUUACAAUCUCAUUCUGGAUGUUUACUGAUAAUGCAGGAAACUAUGGUACUGUUUUUUCAUAUGCUGUCAGUGAUACAAUUGAUAAUGCUUUGACCAUCAAAGACUAUACAGGAUUUGUACUGAGUGUGAAUGAAGAAAAUAUAGUGAGUGACAUCAUAGGUAAUGAUGGGAGAUGGCACCACAUUGUAGCAACAUGGGAUUCCAAUGGAGGCACCUAUACAAUGUACAAAGAUGGGAUACUUGAAGCAAAUGGUACGGGACUUGCGAGUGGAACAACUAUCCCAGGUGGUGGAAAGCUGAUUAUCGGUCAAGACCAAGACACUCUUGGUGGAGGCUUCGCCCAUAUUGAAUCUUUCAUUGGAGAGAUCACAUUUCUGACUGUUUGGGAUAGGGUUCUUGGAGCAGAUGAGAUUUAUGAGCUUGGUAGAACAUGUGAAAAGCCAUCAGAUGUCAUCAUAGCUUGGCCAGACUUUUUAUCCGGAAUGGAAGGCCAAAUUAAACAAGUCAAUAGUACCUUCUGCCAAGGUUGUCCUCGUCCUACUAUGCCAGAGAUGGGUUUUGUGAAAGGAUUCCUACCAGGACGACCUCUGACCUCUGUUACAUACCAUUGCAAUCUAGGCUUUGAGAUGCCAAGACAUGAAGUCCGUCAGGCUGAAUGUCAAAUAUCAGGAGAAUGGAGUCCUGGUGAUAGAGCUUAUUGUGACAGAAUAAACUGUGGCUACCCAGGAAAUCUGAAGCAUGGAUAUGUGAUUGGCAGGAUGUAUCUGUAUGGGGACCAAGUUUUCUAUACCUGUGUGGAAAACUUCACUCUUGUUGGUCCUUUAACGAGGCAAUGUAUGGAGAACGGUUAUUGGUCAGCUUUCACACCACAAUGCAGAUAUAUAUAUUGCAGAGAACCACAGCAAGUUCCUAAUGCUGUUGUCUUUUCCUCUGAGGAUGAAAGGCCUGUCCACAUGGCAUUCCCUCACCACAAUGCGACCUACCAGUGUGCACAAGGUUACCGUCUGAUCGGUUCACCGAAUGUUACCUGUCAGAUAGACGGAGAAUGGACAGCACCACCAACCUGUAGGAUCAUCACCUGUCCACCGCUGGCAUCCUCACUAAACUCUAUGCUCAUUACGACUAACGGGAGUGUGUUCACCAGCAUCGCAGAGUACCGCUGCAUCACAGGAUACAGGAUGACAGGGACCAAUGUCCUUCAGUGUCAAAAGACUGGAAGCUGGGACAGUCCGAUCCCAACUUGUACAAUCAUGUCUUGUGGACAACCACCAGAUGUUUCUCAUGCCACCUCCUCAUAUGAAGGAAUAACAUAUGGAAACAGUGUUGUGUAUGCCUGCCAUGAUGGAUACGAGGCAGACUGGACUGUCUGCCAUUGUGGAGCAAAUGGCCAAUGGGAACCCUCUCCUCCAGAGUGUAGACGUAUACAAUGCUCCAUGCCUCCUGCCAUAGCAAAUGGUUCCAUGACAGGAGGAGAUUACAGAUUUAACAGUAGUGUCACUUAUGACUGUGACCACGGAUACAUAAUCAACGGUGACAGAGAGGUUUCAUGUAUGAGCAAUGGACAUUGGUCAAGUAGCCCUCCUUUUUGUCAAGCAGUUUCUUGUGGAAAACCUCCAGAGAUGGACAUCCAUCACCCUCUUGUAGAUCAAGUGACAGAAUUCACAUAUGGAAUGACAGUCGAGUACACAUGUCAAAUAGGAUAUUUGUUUGCUUCGGACAGUAUUGAACUAACAUGUGGAGCAGAUGGAGAAUGGAUGGGUACCCUGUCCGACUGUGACCCUAUAUCUUGUGGUCCUCCAAAUGAAAUACCUAAUAGCAACUUUGAAGGGGAAGACUACUCAUUCAACCACACUGUCACCUAUUACUGCAAAACUGGCUUCAUCCUAUCUGGUGACUCUGUUGUCAGAUGUUUGGCAUCAGGACAAUGGAUGGAAAGUUCUGUGCGAUGUGAUAUUAUAAAAUGUGAAGAUCCUCCUGCUCUUCUUCAUGCUGUUGUUUCACAUGAAAGGCUUUAUAGUGAAUCUGUGACGUAUACAUGCGAAUCUGGCUAUGUUUCUCAAGGUUCCUCCAAUCUCAGAUGCUCUUCUGAGGGACAGUGGCAGGGUGAUCUUCCAGUGUGUAAUCCCAUCACCUGUGAUGUACCGAUAGCACCUGAUCAUGGGUUCAUUACUGGAACCAACCGGUCCUUCCAGAAUGAAGUUGUUAUACAAUGUGAUGUUGGUUACCAUCUACAGGGCAAGGCAUUGGUACAAUGCCAAAGUUCAGGUCAAUGGUCAAACACUUCUGCUGCAUGCAUUCCAAUAGAGUGUCCAGAACCUCCUACAAUACACCAUGGCAGUAUUCAUUUUGACAACCUCAUCUAUGGAAGUACUGCAAUGUAUGAAUGCCAUGAUGGAUACAUUCUUGCAGGGCAACCAUCUCAGAACUGUUCUGCUGAAGGUGAAUGGCCUCAGGAACCCCCAACUUGUACAUUGAUUGAAUGUGGCAACCCUCCUUUGGUAGAAAAUACCUUCUUCGUGGGAAUUAACUUUACAUUUAACAGUACUCUUGUAUAUUUCUGUGCUGAUGGAUUCAUCUUUGGAGAUGAUGUUGUUUCCAUGGAAACCACUUGCCAGUCUGAUGGAAGAUGGAGUGAAGUUAUAGAGUGUGAGGCAGUCAUUUGUGGAGUGCCUCCUAUUCCUCCACAUGGCAUCAUUGUUGGAUCAAAUUUCAGCUACUUAGACAGUGUACAGUUUGAAUGUGACCUGGGAUAUAUCUUGAAUGGCUCAGAUUCAGCAACCUGUACUUCAGAUGGUACCUGGAGUUACCUGGACAUCAGAUGUGAUCCACUGGACUGCGGGUUACCUCCAGAUAUAGAUAACGCUGCAUAUGAAUUGAACACUACUACUAAGUAUGGAUCAACAACCGAGUAUCAUUGUGAUGUAGGCUAUCAUUCUCCUUCACCCCUGAGAACUAGGUGUGAUGAAGCCGGUGUAUGGAGUGGGGAUGUUACCAAUAAUAGUUGCCAGCCUGUUGCCUGUUUACAUACUCCCCUUGUUUAUAAUGGAUCGAUUGAAGGUAAAGGCAAGUUUGUUUAUGGAGACAUUGUCAUAGCUGACUGCCAUCAUGGUUUCAAAUUCCCCGAAGUGCAUGAGAUGCGGUGCUCUCAAUAUGGAACAUGGAAUCCACUGAACAUCACUUGCAUACCAAUAACAUGUCCACCAUUGCUUCCAAUGGACAAUGGUUUCAUUGCAGUGAAGUCUAGCUCAUAUGGAGAGUCCAUGGUGUUUGAUUGUAAUGAGGGGUUCUCCAUGGUAGGGAACAACACAUUGCUUUGUGAAGGAGAUGGGCAAUGGAGUGGAGACAUACCCAGAUGUUUACCAGUCAUCUGUGAUGAUCUGUUAACACCUCAGAAUGGAUCCGUACAGUCCAAUGGGGUAUCCUAUGGAAGUCAGGGGGUAUAUGCUUGUGAUGAUGGAUUUGAACUGGUUGGAGACAGGGUUACAGACUGUACCGGUCAAGGUAUAUGGUCAAACCCACCCCCUGUCUGCACCCUUACGGAAUGUCCACUACCUAUCAACCCUGCUCAUGGUAUUGCAAUAUUUAUCAACAAUCGGUACCUGGACAAAGUGACAAUUCAGUGUGAACCAGGAUACAGGUUGGUAGGGUUAGCAAGACAACACUGUCAAGAGAACGGAACCUGGAGUGGCAAUCAGCCUACUUGCAUUCCGGUUGAAUGCAGAGUAAAUGAAGCAUUCCCUCUCGGCAUUGUCAUAAGGAACCGUACUGUGUUCAGCGGGGAUAAGGUUCUGUAUUCUUGCAAUCCUGGUUACAAGAUAGCUGGUCAGACUUUAAGGAUAUGUGGAAAUGAUGGAAUACUUGCUGGUGAACAACCUACAUGCAUCAGAGUAACAUGUGGCCCUCCUCCUGAUCUGUUAAACGGCAAUGUAACUUUACCCAAUGACAAGUACGAAAGCAAUGCUACUUACUCAUGUUCCUUGGGGUAUACUCUGGAUGGACCUACUUCAAGACAAUGCUUGUCAAAUGGAUCAUGGUCAUUUGCCAACCAUGAUUGUAGAGUCAUCGAGUGCCCAAGUCCUCAACCAAUUGAACAUGGGACACUUGCUAUCAAUAUCCAGGUUCCAGUUUACAAUUCCAAGGUAACAUAUACAUGUGAUGUGGGAUAUACAGUAAGAGGAGACAACAUUCUAACAUGUGAUGAACAAGGAUCAUGGACAAACACCUUACCAAGUUGUGACCUUGUUUCAUGUGGAAUGCCACCUUCUUUGUACAAAGGGAUUGUUUCCUUCAAUGUCACGUCAUUCAGGUCGGAAGCAACUUAUCGUUGUUGGACCGGUUAUACCUUUACUGGUGAAAGUGUAAGAACGUGCUUAGCUAAUGGCUCAUGGAGUGUCGUAAGCCAAUUAUGUGAACCUGUAUCCUGUGGACCACUGCCUCCGCCAUUGCAUGGAGAAGUAACAACUACUAACAUAACACUUGAUGGCAUUGCAAGGUAUUCUUGCGAUCAUGGAUAUGUGCUCAAUGGAUCAAGGACACGCACUUGUAGUUUACUUGGAAAAUGGUCUGGAUCCACACCAGAUUGCCAACCUAUUACUUGCGCUCAUCCGGAGGAUAUAGAGCAUGGUAUCAUCAUCAGUCACGGCAAUUGGCAACUUUUUGAUGAAAUAGAAUAUCACUGCACUGAAGGCUACAAGAUUCAAGGAGUCAGUAGGAGAAUAUGCCAGGCAGAUCAGAACUGGAGUGGGUCAUUACCAGAGUGUCGUCCAGUGUCAUGUGAUACUCCUCCAAUGGUAAUGAAUGGUGUUCAUUCCUACAAGGCAACUACAUUCAACAAUUCUGCAGUUUAUGACUGUCACUCUGGCUACACCCUGCAUGGUGCAAGAGUAGUCAGAUGUACGAGUAAUGGUAGCUGGUUGCCUAACCCUCCACACUGCAGGCCUGUCAAAUGUGGACCGUUAACCAACCCUCAACAUGGAAAGGUGAUACUAGAAAGCAAAGUGUACCAAAGCCAAGUUCAUUAUGUAUGCCAUGAUGGUUACUCAACUAACGGGCCAAGGAGUAGGACAUGUUUGGCUAACGGGACAUGGAGUGGAAGGGAACCCAACUGUAGACCAAAGCCCUGUUCAGCCUUACCUCUCAUACCACAUGCCAUCUACCCUCCUGAUAAGACUAACUUUGUGGUUGGAGACUUUGUGCAGCUAGAAUGUGAGAAUGGUUUCCAACCCUCUGCGGAAGGUAUGGUUGAGUGCCUCCCAGAUCAGUCAUGGUCAACGGUGGAGUUUUCAUGUGAUCCUCUGGAGUGUCCUCGACCAGAAGCACCAGAGAAUGGUCAUGCAGAAUACAGAGCACUAUCCCUCGGAUCUAUUGUAACAUAUUCAUGUGAUACUGGAUACACCCUAAGUGGUCAGGCAAUUGCAUCAUGUAAUGAGAAUCAAAGAUGGAGUAACCUGUCACCACUUUGUCAGCCUGUGACUUGCCCACAGCUUCCCAUCAUCGAACACAUGGUGUAUUCCAGUGCGUCCAAUGCAGUUGGAGAGGCCGUCUUUGUUUCCUGCAGGGAUGGUUUGAUGUUGGUUGGAGCGAGCAGGAUUCUUUGUACCACUGAAGGAUCCUGGAGUCAUUCCUUGCCAAGAUGUGAAGCAGCCAGCUGCGGACCACCUCCCCCCGUUGCUAAUGGAAGAAGUUUUGGAGAGAGCUAUUCUCCUGGAAAUGUUGUCAGCUUUAGAUGUAACCGUGGUUUCUACCGAGUUGGGAGUAGUUCCAUCAGAUGUAUGUCAGAUCAUACAUGGAGUGAUUCAACACCCAGAUGUGUCUCCUUUGGAUCUAUAGCAGCUCUUGAGAGGCCAGUUUGUGUGUUACCUUGUCUACAUGGAGGGAAGUGUGUGGGACCAUACACCUGUCAAUGUCCUUAUGGAUUCACUGGUUCCAGAUGUGAACAUGUUUUGUGUACUACACGCUGUAUUGGAGGAGCACGUUGUAAAGCAAGACAUCCAAGCUGCCAAACAUGAACUACUCUAUAAGCCUUUCACUGAUGAUAUCAACUGCUUGGCUGACAGAAAUCUGCUUAUCAUAUCGAUGAAUAUUGUGCAUAAUCAGAUGUGUCUUGGCUGCCUUUCUAAAGGAUGUACCCAAAGCUUGUAUGUGAUGUAAAAAGGUCUACUCUGAGCUUGAAAUAUGAUACAGAAAGAGUAAAUAAAAAGAAAAACACUACAAAUGUUGGCAUCUAUAUCAGAUGAGCAGCAAUAUUGUUUUUUUUAUUGAAUUCUAAACUUUUGAAUUAUUGUGGUUAAUUUUGCAUACCAUUGAAUAUGUGAAGGAGCUGAUAAUGUCACAUCCGCCAUUUCUUGCUUUUUAAUUGUAUUGAAUCUUAAUCAUUUUAUUAUUUAUAGCUCUGAAUGAAAAAACAAAUGAAUCACAGCACUGGUUUAUUUGUCAGAUUCUUGAAAAAUAACAAAAUGAAUAAUUGUAGUUUCAUCAUUGUAUAAUAGAAUGCCAAAGAAUAAGUCUGCACGAUGUCAAACUCAUUAUAGAACUUCACACAACAAAAUAAUGCAAAACUAGGUAUUUGCAUAAUAAUUUCUUUACAUGUUUAUCUCACGCGAUUUUAACGAAAAUUCAUAUUUUAAUUUUUGCUAUUUUAAAAUCUGUUUGUACUUAUUGUUAGUCUACACAAUUACUACUAUCUAAUUAGUUUCUUUUUGAUGAUUACAAUGGUAAUUUUUUUAUUUGCAUUGUUGAUUUCAUGAUGGCGAUUUUUUUUGUAUUCCUAACUGGAGCUACUGUGUCUGUUUGACAAAUCUAUUGUUAUUAUUUCUGUUUAAAGCACAGCAUGUACAGGUAUACAUUUUUUAUAUAUGUGACUUACAGGCUCAAAACUCAUUAAAAAGUCCGACAAAAAUUACUUUUAUUUAUUCAGCUUGAAGAGAGAGAAAUGAAGCUUCAAAAUGAUAUAUAACUAGUUAAGAUCAAUAAAAAACAUACCACAUGAAACUUUGAUUGAAUAUGGAAAUAUUUAGCAGAGAAAUUCAAAGAAGAUGUUUCAGAGAAAAUGUUUGAAAUUUCUUCGUCACUUUCACAUGAGACCUGAAUGCUGUUCCAGAUAUCAAAUAAUAAAAUGGCUUGAAAGAAAUGCUUGUAUUUUGUGGUUGGUUGAAUUUCCAACUCCAUAUUCUGACAGAUAAACAAGAGGAAGAGUUUCCCUGUAAUAUAACCUGAUUUUCCAAAUUUUAUUUUGAAGCCCGAAUAACCUUUUGCAAUAUUUACUGAGAACCUCGUCUGGUAAUGGUUUGUAGGAUUUCAGUAGUCUUCAUUUCAAACUUUGAUCAACAAAUGGGUCUUGAAUCUUUUGAAACAACACUAGCACAAAUACAACUUGCUUCAAGAGGGACCUAUUGCACACAAGUCCCAGUCAGAGACCUUGGGCUGCAUAUUCAGACCACUAUCCUCGAGCGGAAGGCUCUGCAAAGCAAACCAAGUUUGAGCUAGGUGGUCAUAUUUGUAAUUUGGUAUUGUAAAUAGUGUACUAAUAGUUUGUCUUGAUUGGUUGUUUCUGUAUCAUGUGACAUGCAUAGACUCUGUUAUCAUUCAUGAUAUUCUGAUAUCUGGUUUGAUGUGAUAGUUUGUUGAAGUACAAUAUACAUGUAGUCAUUAGUUCACUUUAUUUUGAGUGAACAAGAUCUAGUGUUCUGCACUUUUAUAGUAGUAGAAGAACGUGUCAAAGAAUGUUGAAGGGUUUAGUAAUUCUUACAUGCAUGUGUGGUAAACACAAAAUCCCAUAACUGGGAUGAUGAUAUAUAUUUCUCAAGGACUAGAGAUGUUGUUCUUUUCACCCCCGCCCCCCAAACAAAGUGAAAUAUAAAUUUAAUUUCUGGAGAACAUGAAAUAUUAAAAAUUAUCUUUUGUCAGCCAUACUUUUAGCCCCCCAGUUGAAAAUUACUAUAGAAAACAGCAACCAAGCCGAAUUAGUCUAUACUUGAGGCUGCGAUUGCAUUAGCUAAAUGUAUAUAUCUGUACAUGUAUAUAAUUUUUUAAAAUUCCAUUUGAAUUGAAUUGAAGUAAUAAAACAUGAAAUGUGAGAUGUA